AUGUUCCCCAAGCAGUUUGCCUGGCUUUGUGUCUGUUCAUUUAUAAUAUGCUGCCAAGCGCAGGACUCACAGGAUAGUGCACCAGCAGCGCAACAACUGCAAUUCCAACGUCCAAGGGGGCGUAUACGCAUUGCGGAUAUGCAACGACAGAAUUUAGCUGCUGCCGCACCACCAAUUCCGCUGUUGCGUGAAGUGACAACAACAACAACAACAACAUCUACAACAACAACACCACCGCCACCACCACCAUCGCCGCCCAUUGAAGGCGUAGUCUACGGCAACUGGCAGCCGGAGCAAGUGCCCAAGCAGCGCGUCUUUGGACGUCUGGAAGCUAUGUUAAUGGGUCUGCCUGCAACGGAAGCCGAAGCAGAGCAGCCACAGCUAAGCACUGAACAGCUGGACGGUCAGCCAGGUAACCAACAUAGCUAUGCAGCAGACGAUGCCAGCUUGGAGCAAUCUACAGAGCUGCGUGGUCGUUGGCGCGCCGCCAUGCCCAACCUGCCAUCCGAAUUGCAGCCGCAAGCUGCUUUGGAGGAAGUGCGUCUAAAUGCAACAGAUGCUCUGCUGCGCGCAAUGGCUACACAGCUAAGUGAAUCCAUGGAGACAACUACUGGGCUCAAGCAGCAAACUUUAGCGCAAACUGCUGAGGAUAAUUGGAUGCCCAUAACGUACACCUACUCGACAGCGCAGACACAGACGCGCAUGCAGACGCAGACAGCGCUGCCCACCAAGGCGCCAACCAUGCCCACGUUGCCUGUGGAAUCCUCCACAAUAUCGCUGAGCUGGCCUACAGACUUUGUAGCUGCCGGUUCAAGCAGCACAGAGCGUGCCAGCAGCAUUGAUCGCAUUGAUAACGAUGUCAUUGACACCGCAGAGGAUUACAAGUACUAUCAGGAUACGCUCAACUCGGCGCAGAUGCACAGCGAGCUGAGUGUGCCCGAGUCGGUGGUGCCACAACGCUCGUUGAACAUAACCAAAGUGGGUGUGCCCUAUGAGGAUCGAAACUCAGCCGAGGAGCCCACCAUUUGUGUGCCGCUCACGGUCAUGGAGACGGCCACUGAAAGCGACACACCCGUGCUCGUGGAACUAGAGCGCAUCUAUUGCUUUCCACUGCCCAAAGUGGAAAUACGCACAGUGCAGCUCAAAGAGACGCCCGUCUACGAAGAGGAGCAGCCGCCCAUAAGUUCAAGUGAGAGCAGUCCGGAGACAACCACAGCGCUACCCACGGCAGCGCCAAAAGCAAGCGCCACUUUACCACAAUGCCGCUGGCUGCUGCUCUGGCUGCUGCCGCUGCUAAGCUGGAAGCUUUGAUUCUAUCACAAAAACACACAAAACACACUCACAGUUGUA